CGCUCAUGUUCUCCUUCCAUGUUCUUCCAGUCCAACUCCUGCCUCCCAUAUUUUUGCUCCCUUUACCUCAAGAACCUCCUUCUCAUACAUCCUCUCUCUCCAUUCCCUACUCCCAAGAUCCCUUGAUCUUCCUUAUGGCCAUCACCCAUUCCGCUGUCUGUGUUAGUCUCCUUCUCUGCCCAGUCCACAUUCUGCAACAUGACCCUCUUAGGGCUUGUCUAUGUGGGGAAAUUGACCAAUAUAGAUAGAGGGGAUUAAAUACACUAGUCUGCUAUAACUAUGCAGGUCAAUUUCCCUGUGUAGACCAGCCCUUAGCCUUCUUUCUGCACUUUUGCAUUCCCUUGUCCCUUCAGUUUCCUAUCCAGUUCUCUAACAAUAGAGCCUGGGGUGGCAGCCAUCUUUACUAGAGGCAGCAUCACAUGAAAAGCUACUGGAAAAAAUGGCAGCCAUCUUGAUUGAAAGCAAUCUGGCUUCAUUCCUGCUUAAAGUAAUGGGCUAUUGAGGCCAUUUUGAGUAAGGGUAGAUAUUCGCAAAGAAACUGAAGACAACAGGAGAUCACUAAUCUGUCUCAAAAAAGACCACCAAAAAUUGUGAGGCUUGUGAUAACAUCAAGAAGGUUGACUACUCUGCCCUUUAUCAAGUAUUGUUCUUCACUACAGGUUUUGCAAUGGAAGAUGUUUUGUAGAUAAAGUAUGGCAGAUAUUCUACAGUUUGGCCUGCUAUUUAAAUGCAGUUGAUUUCUGUCCUGCAAGUGGUGGUAUUAGCAAAUUUUUUUUGUUUUCUUCUCAGCCUAUGAUAGAGACCAAGUAAAUGAGAAGUAAGCGUAGUAUGUUUGGAUCCAAUCCUACAGUCUAACUCAUAUGAGUAAGGGCUGUAGGCUAAAGCCAUUUAUGAGCUACCUUUGCAUAGUAGUGUGUUGUACAGAGAAAUAGUAGAGAUUUAGAAUAAGAAAUUGACUCUCACUGGCACUCAUUUUCAUAUAUCACUGUCAGGUUUCACCAAGAGCUCACCCUAAACUGAAUUUUUCAUCAGAGACUGCAUAAUAAAUUCUCUUAUCUUCUCCAACAGAGCUGGAAGGAAAAAUUUUCCCCUGAAAAUAGGGGGGAAAAAAGAGAACUUGUUAAAUUGCUUGGCAGCUUUACUCUGGAAACAUCACAAAUUGAAUUGCUUUUUAAAAAACUGAAUUCCAUUGCAAUGGCAGUCUGAAAUCCUCACAGAUUGGAUCUUUUUUAAAAAAAAAGUCUCCAUCAUAUGUACGUGCUUAUUGUAGGAAAUUACCUAAAACUGAAAGAACAAUUAACAUACUUGUAACAAUGUACUAUCCUGAUUCUGCAAUGUGAUGCAUGCAGGCAAACCUCUACUCCCAUGUGGAACCCUGUUGAUUUCCAUUGGAGGAUUGAAGACAAAGUUAGUGAUGUCUGCCCAUAGGUUAAUUUCCAACCGAACAUCUCAGCAGGCUUUGUCUAACUCUGAUUACACUUGGGAGUAUGAGUACUAUGAGUACGGACCAGUUUCCUUUGAAGGACUGAAAGCUCAUAAAUAUUCUAUUGUGAUUGGAUUUUGGGUCGGUCUGGCAGUUUUUGUCAUUUUCAUGUUCUUUGUGCUGACCUUGCUGACGAAGACCGGAGCACCGCACCAAGACAAUACAGAACCUUCUGAAAAAAGAUUUCAUGUGAGUAACUUCGUGGCAGACUUUGGAAAACCUCUGGAGUCAGACAAGGUCUUUUCACGUCAAGUAGCUGAAGAGUCCAGGUCACUCUUUCACUUUUACAUUAAUGAAGUGGAGCAUUUGGACAAAGCAAAACAAAGCCAUAAAAACCCUGGUCUGGACAGUAAUAUUCACUUCCAGGAAGUAGCGAGGAGUAGUGGAGGGCUGGAGGAGGAGCUGAAUUGCCUUACAAAAUUUAACAUCCCCAAUUUCGUGAACACUGACCAGAAUUCUUCACUGGGUGAAGAUGAUCUGCUGAUUUCAGAGCCCCCAAUCAUUUUAGAAAGCAAACCAGUUAUCCAAGCCUCAUGUCAGAUCCUUGACUGAAAAACCUUGAUUUCUAAAGCAUAGUGUCUUUAUUGUUUCUGUGGUAUCAGGAACUCUUAUUCAGCUGCUAACAUCAGACCUUUUGCCUAUUUCAGUAGAAGAUAUUUCAUAUCUUAUGCCUUUGUUUUAUUGUGAAUAUUGAACUGAUUUCACUUUCGUAUAAAGUGAAAUACUAAAUAUUUUAUGUCAAGAUUUAUUUUUUCACUUUCAAGUGUUUCCUAAGAUCAUUCUUCAGCAUUGCUGUUGUUGCUUGCUAUUUGUUUUAUUUAACUAGCCAUCAUGCCCAGCUGCCUAGUGGUAGCAGAACACACUAACACGAUACAAGAGUUGCAAUGCACUUAACUCUGCUUUGUGGGGAUUGCUGCAGCUGCACAAGGAGGAGUAUCACUGGAUUCUGAAAGGAGUGGUGUGGAACUGGCUGUCCAGGAGGACAGUAAACUCAAAUCAAGACCGAAUGGACUAAUAAGAAGAGGAAGCACCUUUUCGGGCCUCUGAAUCUCCUCUCCUCCCCCGCCCCCUUUCAAAGGGCAGAUUAUUUUGAAACAUAACCAACAUAAUAGAAACUUGCCUGCCAUUAAUCUGCACCCAAGACUCCUAUCAGCUUUUAGAGGCUGCUGAAACCCCAUGUAUCAAAAUUCUAGUGAUGCUGUUUUGUAUAUUAUAUUCAGUUAGUGUUCACAAAAUACUGUUACCAUUUGCUGUGGAAGAAAAACAAAAGCUGUGGCCAUAUUUAGCAUUUCAGAAAAUUUCAUAUUCUUGCAGUUGUGGGUGGGUGACCUAGAAUGAAUGCAUUCUCUAUACAAUUAAUAACAUUGUUUGGUGGACUUGACUGUCAGUGCGAGCCUUUAACAUAGUGAGCACAGGAUUUAAUACAGAAGCAAUAGGAAACAGGGUAGAAAACAUUCCUGUUUUGCUCAGAGCACAGCAGAUGUAGCCAGUUACUAUGGUUUAUGUUUGCAGUGGAUUGAUACUUGCUGCUACUGUACUUUACUCGGCUUGGCUACGCUUGCAAGUUAAAGCACAUUAAAGCAGCCCCAGGCGCUCUAACUCCCGAUGUGUCCACACUGGCAAGGCACGUAGAGCGCCUGGACUCUGCAGCUGGAGCACUCCUAGUAAUCCACCUCCAUGAGAAGCAAAGUUCACUGUGCCCCAGCUGAAAUGCCCGGGCGUCAGUGUGAAAGAGGCGUUGCAUUACUGUGCUGUGAUUGGCCUCCAGAAACGUCCCAUAAUCCCCUGAAGUCAAGUGGCCACUCUUCUCAUUGUUUUGAACUCUGCUACAGGAAUGCGGCUAUCCCUUUUCAAAGCUCAGUUUCUGACAUCUGGCAUGCUUAUCUGCUCUGGGACAAAGCAAACCAUUAGUGUGGAAUGCUGCUGUUGAGAGUGUGUGUGCGCGGGGGGGGGUCUGCUGCUGUCUGAAUGUACAAGACAGGAUGCUGACUCUUUGACCCCCAAAACCCACUCUCCCCCCACAUACACACAACACACUCCCUGUCGCACUCCAACACCUGCAUCCACUUGCACACUGAGAUAGCUACCACAAUGCACUGCUCUUUGUGGUGUUGCAAGAACUGCUAAUGUGGCCACGCCAGUGCGCUUGCAGCUGUCAGUGUAAACACAUGGCAGCAUUGUCCCUGCUGUGCUCUCCGAAGGCUGGUUUAACUCCCAGCGCUCUACCUCUGCAAGUGUAGCCAUGUCCUCAGAGAAAGCAAGCAAUUGGCUGCACAGUACUUUGUGUAGUGCUCAUGCAUUCUGAUAUUUUUUAGGUAACUGCAAAACCACUGAGACUUAUCCUGUAACAAAAUAAAGAGUUUGGGAGAGAUUUAGUUUUAUUACAACGUAUUUUUUUCUUCACCUUUUAAAAAAGACAGUUACUCACCUUUGUAACUGUUGCUCUUCAAGAUGUGUUGCUCAUAUCCAUUCCAAUUAGGUGUAUGCACGCCACAUGCACGAUCGUCGGAAGAUUUUUACCCCAGCAACACUCAGUGGGUCGGCUGAGGCGCGCCCUGGAGUGGCACCUUCAUAGUGUUGGAUAUAUGCUCCAGCUGACCCAGCACCCCCUCAGUUCCUUCUUGCCGGCUACUCUGACAGAGGGGAAGCAGGGUGGGUUUGGAAUGGAUAUGAGCAACACAUCUCGAAGAACAACAGUUACAAAGGUGAGUAACUGUCUUUUCUUCUUCGAGUGCUUGCUCAUAUCGAUUCCAAUUAGGUGACUCCCUUCAUCUGGUCUGCCACAGCAACAAACAGCUGUGACGUUUUCCUGAAAGGUUUCGUUCGCUCAAUGUAGAAGGCGAGGGCCCUGCAAACGUCCAGAGAGUGCAGCUGUUGUUCUCGUCGAGAGGCGUGCAGCUUCGAGUAGAAGAUGGGGAGGAAGAUGUCCUAGUUGAGAUGGAACAUAGACACCACGUUAGGGAGGAAGGCCGAGUGGAGUCAUAGAUCAUAGAAUCAUAGAUUAUCAGGGUUGGAAGGGACCUCAGGAGGUCAUCUAGUCCAACCCCCUGCUCAAAGCAGGACCAAUCCCCAAUCUUUGCUCCAGAUCCCAAACAGCUCCUUGAAGGAUUGAACUCACAACCCUGGAUUUAGUAGGCCAAUGCUCAAACCACUUAGCUAUCCCUCAUCCUUGUCUUGUUUGUCUCAGUCUAUAAAUGUCAGGGUACCUCGCCUUAAUCCUUUGUGUGGCUGAGGGGACAACAGAAAUUCCCGCUGCUGUCUGAGCCACUCCUUGACAUGGGACACUCGUGUGUUAAUGUACUUGUGCAAGUUGUGAGAGUCGUUAGGACAUGCCUAGAGGGCAAUAAACCUCGCAGCUGUACCUUGUCCUUGUGGAACACCGUCUACGGAGAUUCCGCUGUGAGUGCCCUAAGCUCAGACACACACCUCACUGAGGUGAUAGCUACAAGGAAGGCUGUCUUCCAGGAAAGGUACAGGAGUGAGCAGGUGCCCAUCGGCUUGAACGGGGCAGCCAUGAGUUUGGAGAGGACCAGGUUAAGACUCCACAUAGGGACCGGUUGUUGAAUUCGUGGGAACAGGCGCUCCAACCCCUUGAGAAAUCUGCUGACCAUGGCAUUGGAGAAGACUGAACGCCUGUUUUCACCCAGGUGGAAAGCCGAAAUAGGAUAAUAUUGCCAAGCCCUGCUGUUAUAAAGACAGGAGGUAGUCCAAGAUGAUAGGUACUGAUGCCUGUAGCGGGGCUGUAUGACUGAGCGCACCAGCAGGAAAAAUGCUUCCACUUGGCUAAGUACGUAGACCUGGUAGAGGGCUUCCUGCUACCCAAAAAGGACUUGCUGUACCAAGCGAGAGCAGCGCAGCUCAGAUUGUUAGCCAUGCAGCAUUCAUGCUGUGAGGUGGAGAGAUUGCAGGUCGGAAUGACAGAGUCGUCCAUGAUCCUGAGUGAUCGGGUCUGGCCACAGCAGGAGUGGAAUUGGAGUGUCCACCAACAGCUCUAGGAGAGUGGUAUACCAGUGCUGUCUGGGCCAUGCGGGGGUGACCAAAAUCAGAUGGGCUCUGUCCCCGUGCAGCUUGAGUAGGACCCUGUGGACUAGCAGGAAUGGAGGAAAGGUGUAGCGCAGGUGAUCCCUCCACUGUAUUAGGAAGGCGUCAGACAGGGAAGAGUGUCCUUGUAGAGCAUCCUGGUAGAGAGCAGAACACUUGGCAUUUUCGAUUCUUGCGAGAGGCGAAUAGGUCUAUCGGGGAGAGUCCCACUUCAGGAAGACGGAGUGGAUGACGUCCGGGCGAACCGACCACUUGUGAGCCUGGAAUGAUCAUCAGAGGUGGUCCGCUAAGGUGUUCUGGACUCUUGGGAGAAACGAUGCCCCCAGAUGGAUCGAGUGGGCUAUUCAGAAUUCCCACAGACGAGUGGCCUCCUUACAGAGCGGGGACGACCGGGCUUCUCCUUGCUUGUUGAUGUAAAACAUGGCCAUUGUGUUGUCUGUGAGGACUGCAACACAACGGCCUUGAAUGCGCUCUCGGAAUGCUAGACACACCAGGCGCACUGCUCUGAGUUCCCGUAUAUUGCUGUGCAGGGAUAACUCUCCUGCCGACCAUAGGCCCUGUGUACGGAGGUUCCCAAGGUGGGCUCCCCAUCCCAGGGAUGACAAAUCCGUGAUUAGGGACAUGGAGGGCUGCGGGGCAUGAAAUGGCACCCCUUCGCACAUUGAUGUGGGGUCCAGCCACCAGCCUAGAGGGGCUAAUAUCCCUGGCGGGAUGGUAACCACCAUGCUCAAGCUGUCCCGACCUGGGCGAUAUACUGUUUGAUAACCAGGCUUGAAGUGGACGUAGUCGCAGCCCGGCGUGCAUGGUCACAUACGUGCAAGAGGCCAUGUGUCCCAGGAGGCAUAGGCAUGUUUUCACGGUUGAGGUUGGGAAGCUUUGCAGGCUGUGGACUAUGUUCGCCAGGGAUCGGAAGUGUGCUUCCAGAAGAAGUGCCCGGGCUAGGCCUGAGUCUAAGACUGCUCCUAUGAAUUCUAUCCUCUGGGUUGAUACCAGAGUGGAUUUCGCGACACUGAGCCGGAGGCCCAGUUGAUUGAACUGGUGAGCUGAACGUGAGACUGCACCUGAUCCCUGGAGCGACCCCAAAUAAGCCAGUUGUCAAGAUAUGGGAACACUUGGAUCCGUUGUCAACAAAAGGAGGCAGCCACAACAGCCAUGCACUUGGUAAACAUGCUGGGGAUCCUGGACAGGCCGAAAGGAAGGAUGGUGAAUUGAAAGUGCUGUUGAUUGACCACAAAGCGAAGGAAGCGUCUGUGCGCUGGGUAGAUUGCAAUGUGGAAGUACGUGUUCUUCAUGUCGAGGGCGGCGUACUUAUCUCCAGGAUCUAAGGAAGGAAUAAUGGUCCCUAGUGAGAUCAUGAGGAACUUCAACUUUACCAUGAAUUUGAGUCCGCAUAGGUCCAGGAUGGGCUGAAGCCCGCCCUUGGCCUUGGGGAUUAAGAAGUAGCGUGAGUAAAAACCGCUGCCCCUUGACUCUCUUGGAACCUCCUCUAUGGCUCCCACAGCUAGGAGUGAUUGGACCUCCUGUAGAAGGAGGUGCUCAUGAGAAGGGUCCCUGAAGAGGGAUAAGAUGGGGGGGGGGGGAGCAAAUUGGAGGGAGUAACCCCUUUUCACCAUGUAUAGGACCCAACGGUCUGGUGUUAUGUGGGAGCAUGUACGGAGGAAAUGGGGGAGACAAUCUUGGAAAGGCAGGGAAGGAUCCUGAAUGGAGACUGGUACUCCGUCCUUGAGCGCACCUUCAAAUGUUCUGCUGAUGGCUUGGGAGGGCCCUGGCCUUGGCUGGCUUGGUGGCCAGUUUGUUUUUUUUUAAUUUACAACCGCGUCUUCUAAAGAAGUCCUGUCUUGGCUGAGGGGGAGGAUAGGAUCUCUGAGGUUGCGGUCUGAAGGGCCUUCUCUGCGUUACUGGGGUAUGCAUGAUGAUGAUUCUCGAGUCCUUCAGACUCUGCAGCCUUGAGUCUGUCUUUUUGGAGAAUAGGCCCUGGCCAUCAAAGGGCAGGUCCUGGAGGGUCUGCUGCAACUCUGGUGGUAAGCCAGAGGCCUGCAGCUAUGAGAUGCGGCGCAUGGCUAUGCCCGAGGCCAGGGUCCUAGCUGCUGAGUCCGCCACGUCCAGACUGGCUUGUAGGAAGGUUCGGGCCACCUUCUUGCCCUCCUCUACUAGAGCCCCAAAUUCCUCUCUGGACUUCUGUGGAACCAACUCCUUGAAUUUUUUUUCAUAGAGUGCCACGAAUUAUAAUCAUAUCGGCUCAGGAGUGCCUGCUGGUUGGCCACCCUGAGCUGCAAGCCUCUGGCCAAGUACAUCUUGCGCCCAAACCAGUCUAGGCGUCUAGCGUCCUUUGAUUUAGGCGCCGGGGCCUGCUGACUGUACUGUUCCUUCUCAUUGACUAAUGCCACGACAAGGGAGCACGGUUGGGGGUGCAUAUAGAGGUACUCGUAUUCCUUUAAGGGGAAAAAGUACUUCCUUUUCACCCCUUUGGCCGUAGGUGGAGUAGAGGCUGGUGAUUGCCAGAUUGUCUUGGCAUUGGCCUCUAUAGUUCGUAUGACUGGGAGGGCCCCUCUGGACAGUGCCUCUGCCGACAGAAUGUCAACCACCGGGUCCUCUACCUGGAGGUUCAUAUUGCGCACCACCAUGCAGAGCAAUUCCUGGUGGGUGCGGAGGUCCACAGGAGGAGGGCCUGAAACUGCAGUCCCUGCCAUUGCCUCAUCAGGCGAGGACGAGGAAGAUACCCCUGGGACUAAGGGAUCCUACGUGAGGUCCUCUUGUUGCCCAACUUCCACUACCCUAGAGGCGUGGGCCUGUAUUGGCACUGGAGGAGUCACCUCAGAACCCCCUGGGGGGGGGUGAGACACAGUGGCUCCGAAGGGGCAGAAUGGGAAGCCCCCAAAGGAACCCCCUGGGCCUGAUGGCAUGCCCGGGGGUCGAAAAAGACCACUGAGGAGGUCCUGGGCCCGUGUCCUGGCCUUCGUCCAGCCACUGGCCUGCACCGUACUCGCCCUGGUCUUGGGCGUGGUAGCCAUCUUGUGAGCGUGACCACAUGGAGGCAGAGCGAGACUGCCAAGGCGGUGCUGUACAUGUCGGUGCAGAGUCCCCCAGUGCAGUAUGGUGCCAGGGACCAGUGGCGUGAUGCAGAACAGUACUGAGACAUGGAUCGGUGCCUGCGAUCUUAUUGGUACUGGGAGCCUGAUCUGGAUCUCAAAGGUGACCUCCGGUGAGAUCGACGCCGGGAUCGGCUCCAGGUUGAGUGUUGCUUUGACCGGUACCGGGAGCGGUGCCAGGAGUCCAAUCGGUACCGGCCAUACUGCGAUUCAGAUCUCUGCGAGUCGGAGCGGCGUCGCGAGUACAACUGGUGUCGAGAACGAGAUCGGUGCUGGGACUGCGAGCGAUGCCUUGAAAGGUGCUGAGACCCAGAUCAUGACCAGUGCAGUCCUGCUUCACUCAGCAACGGCGGUCGUAUCAGGGAUGGUUUUCCCUUCAAUGGCACUGCCCGCACCGGAGGUGCCACUGGCUGCAGGGGAGUCAGCUCUGUGAGUGCGAUUAAGUCCCGCGCUGUUGAAAAGGUCUCCAGCGUGGAGGGCAGCCUCAGCUUGACCGCGGUGUGCACCGGAGAGCUUACAUGCACCAGACUCUAUGGCCCUUGUGGCGCUGGAGUAGAUGGUGCAGGAGCUGUUACUUGUCCUGUGUGCUUUGGCAAUGGACGUGACUCCAACUGUGGUGUAGGAAGUGUCGGUGGUUGCCAAACCGACAAACAAGAAGCAGUCAGAACCUGCUUGGGCUGCUGCUUCUUCUGGCCUGGAGAUAGGGACCAGCAUCGUGGUGGUGGAGGUGCUGGGGAGACCUGGUGCCACGAAUCUUUAGUAGAGUUCAAACGCGGUGCCGGACCAAUCGGUGUCGCAGGGACACUUUGCACCGAAGACGCCGCCGAGUCUGGGUGCGCGGAGGAAGGGACCGGGCUCAGUGCUGCCUCCAUAAGGAGCUGCUUCAGUCUAAAGUCUCGCUCCUUUUGGGUCCUCGGCUUGAAGGCUUUGCAAAUGCAGCUCUUGACAGCUUGGUGGGAUUCCCCCAGACAGCUUAGGUAAGAGUUGUGGGGAUCUCCCGUUGGCAUUGGCUUCAGGCAAGCCGAGCAGGAUUUGAAGCCCAGAGACCCAGGCAUAGGCCCGGUACCAGGAGAGGAAAGAAGACCCCGUUCCACCCCACUAAGUAAACUAAAUCUAACUAUACUAAGAACUACUAACAACUAAUCACGAACUAUUAACAGGUAAUAAAGCGAAAGCUAGGGAGAGUGGAGAUCAGCUAUGCUGCGCUCCACAGUUCCAACGACCGUCACGGGCGGUAAGAAGGAACUGAGGGGGCGCUAGGUCAGUUGGGGCAUAUAUCCAAUGCCAUGAAGGUGUCACUCCAGGGGGCGCCUCAGCCGACCCACCGAGCGUUGCUGGGGUAAAAAUCUUCUGACGAUCAUGCACGCAGCGUGCACACGCCUAAUUGGAAUACAUAUAAGUAAGCAGUCGAAGAAGAACUGGAAGAGGUAUUGACUCUGAGGUGACAAUUACUUACAGAAAACUAAUAAUUGAGGCCCAAAUGGAAAACCCUGCCUAAAUUUAAAAUUUGUAGCAUCCCAACACAUUUUUAUGAUGGGAUUAAGUGAUUUUUUUAGGGAGAUGUGAUGAUAUGCAGUGGUUAACUCUGAGAAUUAUGGAUACUUUUGUAAAUCUUGUCAAAUUGCCAUCACAAAUUUCUUGAAAAGUCAAAGUAAUGCCUCUCUUUUAACCUGUGUAUAACUAUGCAUUAAUAUCAUUAUGGCAAAUCUCCCUUACAUCUUCCCUUUGCUUGUUGGUUUGUCUAUAUGUGUAAUUUAUGAUCUGCUUACACAAUGAUCAUUUAUCUGAGAAAUCCAUCAAAGAUUAUCUCUAUUUCCCUCCAUCAGUUGAGGAAGUUAUGAAAGCCAUGAAACAACAGAACUCUGGCAAAGCAUCCAGAAAGGCUGGUAUUCCACCAGCAGAACUUUAUAAAGUAGUAGGCUCCAAGGCUAUCGAGGUGUUUCAUGACAUCUUGAGUAGCAUUUAGGAGGAAGAAAUGCCACCAGACUUCAAAGAUGCUAUUAUUGUGUCAUUGUUCAAAAACAAAGGCAGCAAAGCUGCUUAUGGAGACUACAGAGGCAUUGCUCUCUGUACAGCAGGGAAAAUACUAGCUCGCAUUCUACUGAACAGACUCAUUGCAGACAUAUCUGAGGAGAAUCUGCCAGAAGUGCAGUGUAGUUUCAGACCAGAUCAUAGUACUAUGGACAUGAUCUUUGUUGUAAGGCAAGUCCAAGAAAAGUGUUUAGAGCAGAACAUGGACCUAAAUGCAGUUUCCAUCGAUUUGAUGAAAGCUUUUGAUACAGUCAACAGAGAGGGUCUAUGGGCUAUUCUACCUAAAAUGGGCUGCCCAAGAAGGUUCAUACAAAUUAUCCAUCUGUUCCAUGACCACAUGACAGUGCAAGUUCUCCCCAGUGGUGACUUUUUUGAUGCAUUUGAAAUCGCGAAUGGAGUGAAGCAAGACUGGGUACUUGCUCCAGUGCUGUUCAACUUGUUCUUUGCCUGUGUCCUCAGCCAUGCCACAAGGGACUUGGAUCAGGGGAUAUCUUUCACUUCAGAGGGAGUUGUAGACCAAGAAGUCUAUUCUCAUCGCACAAAGAACCAGAUACUCUCCAUCUACUUCAUGUUGCUUUCAUAAGAAUAACCUCAAGUAGUGGUGCAGUCUCUGAGAACUGCAAUGUCAGUGGCUGGAGUAAUUUUAUUCACAAGUUGGAAACUCAAACUUUGGGGAUGUACUCGUGUGAAAGAUAAACCAGCCCAUGCCAAAGCAGCUGCACUUGGACAACAACUAUGCAGAAUGUUGCCAGCAGUACACAUGCUGACUGGGUGUAAUUCAACCAGCAAUCUGGCAUGGUUUGCAAACUAAAGUUUAUCAGGAAAAAUCCACACAAAUUUAGAAGCCUUGCCAAUUUUGGCACUGUGGUGGAGAUAGUUGUGCUGCUUUCAACUGCGCAGGAACUUCUGAUAACCCUUCUCUGACACGACGGCUAACUCAGUAGAUGUAAAUGCUGUGCGAUAUAAGCUUUUUUUGUCACAAACAGACCUGGAACAAUUUGAUAGUUUUGUGCAACAUACCAAGCAUACAGAUUACCAGACCUUUAUCUGGAACGAUGCCAUGGAGACUUGACUUGACAUCUCUUCUCUCCCCCCAAAGAAAUAGCUGGCAUCACAAGGCUGGACAGAUUUCUCCAACACUAAUGACACAGACACUUGCCACUGAAGCACUCCCAGAACUCAUUACAUGUAGAUGUAAAAAGCCAAGUGUGGAGGCAGCUGUAGUUGUUCAAGACAGAGCAUGGCGUACACAUUGACUUGCUUGUGUACUGGUCGUGAAGACUGUUUGACACUGACAAUUUUGUGAUGAGUAUAAUCUAAAUGAGACCAACUACAGAUGGUUCAGACUUAGACAAGUAGCAUAUUUCAAAUAUAUUGAAAAAGAUUAGAUACGUAUAUCCUGUCAUAUUGCCCAUCACUGAGAGGAGUCCAGUGGCUAUUAGUAGGGCCCUACCAAAUUCACCGUCAUGAAAAAUGACGUUAUGGAUUGUGGAAUUUGGUUUCCCCCCGUGAAAUCUGGUCUCGUGUGUUUUUACCCUUACUUCUGCACUGCCUUCAGAGUUGGGUGGCCAGAGAGAGGCGGCUGUUGGCUGGGCCCCCAGCUCUGAAUGCAGUGCCCUGCCAGUGGCACUGCAGAUGUAAGGUUGGUAAUACCAUACCAUGCCAUCCUUACUUCUGCACUGAUGCUGGCAGUGGCUCUGCCUUCAGAGCUGGGCUCCCAGCCAGCAGCCGCCGCUCUCCAGCUGCCCAUCUCUGAAGGCAGUGCUGCCACCAGAAGUAAGGGUAGCAAUACCACAACCCCCCUAAAAUAACCUUAUGACCUCCUUCCCCCAACUCCUUUUGGGUCAAGAUCCCUACAGUUACAAUACCCUAAAAUUUCAAAUAUAUAUAACCUAAAUCAUGAAAUUUAGGAUUUUAAAAAUACCAUGACUGUGAAAUUGACUAAAAUGGAUCAUGAAUUUAGAAGGGCCCUAGCUAUUAGUUUUUGCUAGCACCAUGCUGUGAAAUAGUAUAUUCAGCUUCUAAUAUAAUGAAUAAUCUCUGCAUUUAUCAACACAAAACACAAGGCCAACAUUCUUUAAGUAAUGACGUUAUUAAUUUGUGUCAAACUAUUUGGAUGACUGAAUUUUUUUUUUUGUAUGUAGUGUUGUUGUAGCCAUGUCAGUCCCAGGAUAUUAGCGAGACAAAGUGGGUAAGGAAAUAUCUUUUAUUGGAUCAAUUUACGUUGGAGACAAGUUUUCUGUUUGACCUUGUGUUUAGUUGACACACUGAAUACCCUUUCCAGACCUGAAGAAGAGCUUUGUGUUGCUCGAAAGCUUGUCCCUCUCACCAGUGAAAGUUGGUCCAAUAAAAGAUAUUUCCUCACCCACCUUGUCUUUCUAAUUUUUUCUUUUAAUGUAAAUUGUUUAAAUCCCCUUUUAUUCAUUUUUUCUUUCCAACUUGUCUUGACAACUUAAGUACAUUUUUGUGGACUUUUCACUUACAGAAAAGGCUGUUUAGACAUGGGUAAAAAAUCUUGCAUUGGCAUCUCUUGCUACUACCUUUUAACCCCACAUCCACCGUAGAAAGUACUGAGGGACACAUCUAUCAAAAUAAGUUGUUGCUUUCUGCAUCCCCUGCCUUACAGCCCCCCCCCAAAUUUGUAUGGGCCCCCAGAUGAAAAGUGGGUAGUGCUAGGUCCAGCCACAGGAUUUCUUGGGCCCUAAGAUGUUGGAAGAGAACAUGGACAAAGUGUGUCUCGUGUGUGCUCUAAUCUUGUGCUGGAAGGUGUGGGGGUUUGGCAGUGAGCUCUUCCCUCCACCUCACCUGAUAAAGGGAAUUACUGUGUUUUGUGAAGCUUGUAUUGGAUGCAGAGGCUGCUUGUGUUCAAGGUCUACUGUGGAUACUGCAUUUAUUUUGUACCAAUGUAAACCGUUUUAAAAGAUUUAAUUAAUUUUGUUUGAAUUAAAUCUGCAGCUGUUGGAUCAAAACCUUUUGAACCUGGAUUCUUCAGAGGUGGUGAGGAGCGUGUUACAAUGACUGACGGUCUAAGAUCUUUGAAAUAUAGGCCAUUUGUUGAUUGCACAAAGUGGAAUGGUGAAAGGUCAGACACAAAGGGAAGGCUAUUUAAGGUAUCAACUAGCAUUUGUUGAAAGGCUAUUUCCUAAUAUUCCAAAAUUCACCUCUGUUAGCAAAUGAUUGAUUAGUGAAGUUGUGCUGCAUUUGAUGCAUAAUGUCUCUUGCUACUAAACAAAAAGAUUUUACAAACAGUUAUCCCCCAUUAUGUCAAGUGAAAUGCAGCUACCUCUGCAGUGAAUUGUUGAUAGAAGUUUAAGAAAGUAACAGCAGCUUAGAUUAAGAAAUGAAAGAUACCCACCCUCUUGAAACUGCUGGAGGUAAACUGCAUGUAAUAACUGGUCCCUGAGUGGCAUACUGACACUAACAAGUCAGUGAGGACCUUGACAGGCUCUUUAAUGAUUAUAAAUGCUCCAGGUGCUCAACUUCAAGACCUCCCCUCAAGCAGUGCCUGAACACCACGUGGAGGUGUUGGUUUAAAACUAAAUCAAAAGGAAAAAUGUUAAUCUUGAAUGAACACCUCUGCAUCUUGCACAGCCCUCUAUUAUCUGAAUUCUGACCCAGCCACACCCUUUGCUGGGGGGCAGUCUGACCAAAAUCGCAGCUCAAAGUCAUAAGUGAUAUGUUAACAAUAUGCGGCCAUAGCAAUGUCACAGUAGCUAUGCUGUCAUAAUGACAUGGUUUGUGUGCAGGCUACUCUGCUGGAGGAAGGGUUUUUUCUGUUGGCCUGGGAACACUACCUCCAUCAGAGGACGUGUUCAUGGUAGUCAAGUGGUAUAGCUAUGCAAGUCAAAUAAUUAGGUGUAUUUUUUCCCCAUAUUGCUAACAUAGCUAUGUUGAUUUAAUGCAGAAGUAUAGAUCAAGCCCACACCUGUAUAAAUAUUCAUAGCCAACUGCUGCCCUCACUUACAAAUCCUUGGGGAGCGGUGCCUGCAUAGGUUGGGGGCUGAAUUCAGCCUCUAGCUGUGUUGUGCUUUUUUGAGGGGUUGGGGGACGAGAGGAGAGAGACAAGCGUAUUAUCUGCUUCAGAUAAAAUUAAAGGAUUCUAGCACAGAGAAUAUCAAGCAUUCAUAAUUUAAUAAGUGCUAACGUAGCUUUUGAGCUGGGAAGGAAGCGUUAAGUAAUUUUCAUUUUGCUUGGGAAAAAGAUUUGCCUGAGAAUAAAGAAAUUUGCCAUGUCCACCUAAUCAAAUUUGCAUCUCUGCAGCAAACCUGCAAAAUAAGCAGUCUAUGAUGGACUGUAUUGGUUGCUGAACAAGGUGUGGAGGAGCAAGACAUUGACAGCAGUAUUUGACUGACUGUCAUUAAGCAAUUAAACCAUUUCCUACCACUGAAUUUAGUGUAGCCCUACCUGGAGCUUAUCUGUCCUCUCACUGUAUGACUGCUUGCCAUGAAGGAGAUUUAGUCAUGGGCAGUAAGGGAAUGUAAUAUUUUACAUUCCAAUUAUAUAUAUUUUUAAAAGUAGUUUGCUUAUAGCUAUGAUAAAAGACCAGAAAAUUGCUGUAGACGGUCCAGUUAAGAAGAGGGACCAAAAACAGGAUAGGUUCUCUCUUCUGGGACCUGUUUCUAGGCUCCCGCAGGUGCCAGGAUUAUGCUUCUACUUCUCCUUGGAGUGGAAUUGUGCCAGCCAACUGCUCGCAGACUGGGUCUCUGUAUCAUCCCUCCCUGACUGCCAACUGUGCUUACCUCAAAGGGCCAGCUGGGCUUGGCCCUGCUAGAGUUGGGAGUUUGUGGUCAGGAACAAUGGGUAGUGACACAGAAGCACUUUCUCCAAAGUGAAGUAUGAUUUAUUUACCCAAAUGGUACAGAGGGUUUAGCGCAGUACAUAUGUGUAUGUGGGCUCUGGUAGUCCCCUCAAGCCCUAAGGUAGCCAUGCACAUGUGUGUGCACUCCUUCCCCUCCAAUUAUGGUACAAAAAAUGCAAACUUGAAAAUAUCUGCCUAGCCCCUCUUACUUUAUUUAU